CGCGUUGUCGUCGGCCGUUACCUACAACGCUGAGGAAAGCAAAGGACGGAGGAGCACCAUAGAGAUGAGGAGAGCGGAAAGGCGCGCGGCGUGGUGGAAGCAAGCUCGGCUGCUCUAGGAAUCCCCGAAGGAGAACUCGACGCCCGAAGUGAAAUCCGGGUCACCGAACUGCAUAGUCUCUUCCCCUCGGUCGGCGCGGGAAACGGGGCGGCGGGGUCUCGCGGAGUAGCCCCUCCCUCAGGAAAAGAGAGACCUAUGCUCAGUAUAGCCGCUUUGCAGAAGGCACGAUGAGGCAGUUGUACAUGUGAUCCAAGUUAAAUCAGUGCAAUCAUUUUUCAUAAUGAGUACCCUAAGUAGUUACUUUGUGCCACUGAGUCAAAAAAGGAAGGCUGAAGAAACAGCAGAAAUUGUUGAAUCAACUUCUGAUCCUUUCAAACAUUGCAAAACUAACACUGAAGAUACAUGUGGUCAAGAGGAUGGAGGUUCAGGCAAAGAUUGGCCCGAAUGUUGGACACUAUUGCAGAAAAAUGACUUCUGUCAGAGAAACGAGUGGCUCUUUGUCAACAAUAAAAGGUUGGGCUGCAAAGUGUGCCGAGAUGUCGGAGGUCUUCCUGUUGAAAAACGGAUGGGAAUGAAAAUUUCAGUAGAGUGGGCCAAUUGUAAAAUUAGUCAUUUUGGAGAGUCUCGAAAACAACAGUUAAUGUCUUUAAGAAAAAGAUUUUUGAACACAAGGAAAGUGGAGCUCACAAAGCAGCUGAAAGGAUAAAAUCUGAAUCUAAAAAUGAAAAGUUAGAUAAAGUUGUCUUAAACACAACAAAAGUGUUUCGAACUGCUUACAAAGUUGCAAAGAAAAAUCAAGCAUUUAACAACUUUGAAGAUGAAAUAAAUUUACAGGAACUUAAUGGCCUAGACAUGGGAUAUACCUUUCACUCUACAAAUGCCUGCAUUAAUAUUUUAAACCAUAUUGCAGAUGAAAUGAGAAAAACAUUAAUAAGCAACAUAGUGAACUCUAAGAACAAAAUAUCCUUAAUUAUUGAUGAAUCAACAACAGUGAAUAACAGAAUAACUUUGAUUGUUAGUAUUCGCGUAGUUCUUCCCAAACAUUCGGCUCCAGUAAGUCUUUUCCUAGAUUUGAUUGAGUUACAAGAUACAACAGCAAGAGGAAUUUUAAGCUCAUUAAUCAGUCAUCUUGAGUCCCUAGGAAUCUCAGAAGAUUAUUUAAAGGAGUAUUUAUUGUCUGUCACUUGUGAUGGUGCUGCAGUGUUGUUUGGCGCACAUGGUGGUGUAAAAAGGUUAAUAAAAGAAAAAUUUCCGAGUGUUGUCUUCUGGCGUUGUGCUAACCAUCGUCUGGAAUUGUCUGUCAGUGACACAGUGAACAAAGUGGUUGGAGUUAAUCACUUUAAGAAUUUUAUGGACAAACUCUAUGUGACUUACCACGCUUCACCCGAGAAUGCUAGGGAAUUGGAGGAAUGUGCAGCAACUCUAGAACUUCAGCUUCUGAAAAUUGGAAGGAUUUUAAGCACUCGCUGGGUUGCUUCUAGCUUUUGCACAGUUUUCGCAGUUUGGCAAGAUUAUGAAGCACUGGUUUAUCACUUUCAGGAGGCAAAAGAAGACAGGAGAAGAAGCAAAACAGAUCGCUGUCUUUAUGAGGGUCUUUUACGGACAAUAACAUCAUGUGAAUUUGUUCUCGAUUUGGGUCUUAUGUGUGAUGCUCUCCAAGUUCUCAGUGAACUAAGCUUGGAUUUACAAGAGCGAAAUAUUGAUUUGUUUACAGCAGACAGGAAGAUAAAGAACACAGUUCAACUUUUUGAAGAACGAAUUGAAAAUCCUGGUCCAUACUAUAAUAUUGCUCUUCAAAGUCAGAAGACCAUGAAGUUCAAAGGGAGUGAGCUCCACAAAAAUGAAAAACUUACCCCUACAAUAAGUUCAUCUGCUUUCUAUGAAAGUCUGAAAGAAACUGUUAGAAAGUGUAUACUUGAAGGAGAUGAUGCUGAUUUGCCUGAAUGUGCCAAGGUUUUAGAUUCCAAAUAUUGGCCAGAAAAUCCUGGAAAGCAAUUAACCUUUGGUGAAACUGAAAUUAGAAAACUAGCACAAAAGUUUUGCUUAAAUGAAAAGGAAACAAUUCUUGGCUUUCAUGAAUAUCUUGAAGAAAAUGAAGUCCCGGACAAAUUACUUCCUCUAAUGCACGCUUUAAGCACAAUUGCAAUAUCUUCGACUGAAUGUGAAAGAGGAUUAUCUCAGAUGAAUCUUACAGUAACUUCAUCAAGAUCAUCUCUGGUUAUUCGGACAGUUUCUUCUCUGAUGUUCAUCAGGAUGGUAGGACCACCUCUUACUCAAUUCAAUCCUACCAAAUAUGUUGAAUCAUGGCUGCUACAAGGACAUCAUAAUGCAGUUGAUACAAAAAGCAGGAAGCGAUCUAGAGAAGAUGAGGGUACAUCGGAGGAUGUAUCAAAAGUGUGGCACUUACUCUAACAACUUCAUGAAAGCCACGUGUUGACAAUGGCAUCUGGCGAUGACAAUGGCAAGAAAGUGACUCCUGUGCUCAGAAUAAGUCAGCUUGAUGCCCUUGAACUGAACAAAGCAUUGGAACAGCUGGUUUGGUCCCAGUUUACUCGCUGUUUUCAGGGAUUUAAACCCGGACUGUUGGCUCGCUUUGAACCAGAGCUUAAAGCCUCCUUGUGGCUUUUUUUGUGGAGAUUCACUGUCUACUCCAAGAAUGCAACCGUGGGGCAAGCUAUUCUGAACAUUCAGUACAAGAACGACUUAUCCCAGAUGCAGAAAUACCAGGCAUUGAGCAAGCAACAGAAAUAUUGGUACCUUAUUUGCACCGUCGGUGGGAAAUGGCUGGAAGAAAGGUGUUACGGUUUAUUUAGCAAUCGUCCAUUGGAGUCAUUCCGGAAGACAAAGUACUUUAUUAACAUAGUGUUUGGGCUCAUCAGGCUUUGUGAAUUGCUGAACUUCCUCGCUUUUCUUCAGAAGGGAAAGUUUGCUACACUCACUGAACGUAUUUUGCGAAUCAGAUCAGUGUUCUGCCAGCCGCAGAGUGUCCGUCAGAUUGGAUUUGAAUACACAAACAGGGAACUCCUGUGGCAUGGGUUUGCUGAAUUUCUUAUUUUUCUUUUACCACUUAUUAACAUGCAAAAGCUCAAACUCAAAGUCUCUUCUUGGUCACUACCUAUUUCAGGGGGUACCAGAAAUGAAAAUAAUUCAGCAACAUGUUGCAAGGAAUGUUCUCUGUGUGGAGAGUGGCCCACUCUGCCUCACACCAUUGGCUGUUCACACGUUUUUUGUUACUAUUGUAUUAAAAGCAACUACUUACUUGAUUUGUAUUUUACUUGUCCUAAAUGUGGCACAGAGGUGCAAGAUCUGCAGCCAUUAAAGUAUAAGUUAGAAAUGAAAGAGGUAGAUACACAUUAAGCUUGUUUAGGCUUUCCUCAAAUCCAUAAUUAUGUAUAACUUGUGCAUUCUAUGGGACUAUUCUAUCCUGAUAGUUAAAUUUAGCCUACAGUAAUUUUAACCUUUCUGUAAUACUGGAAUUCUCUUAUUCUGUGCUACUUUGUAGGUUUUGUUACUUAACUGUAAAAUGAUCAACAGCUAUAAAAAGAUUGUGGUUUUCAAAGAAUUGCAGUCUCAAUAGAACUGUAAAUAAAGAACAAAAUAGUGAUUAAA